GCUCAAGAAGUUCACUUUUCUUUCCAUCAUUUUUUCUUCCGCAGCAGCUAGAUCUCUUCCUAGAAGAACCGCUAUUGAUUUUUAUACUUUCGAGUAUAUUAGGACAACGAUAACUUCUUGUAAGGUUUUUAGGGUUUUUCCUUAGGACUGUUUUGUUGCAGACAACAAGCCAAUCACACGGCAAUCGAUUUAACCUUCGGUUUAAUCACCCCCAAAAACUCCUUCAAAAUGGGCAUGGCACGAUCAAAGAGCGGAAAGAAGGGCAGCAAGGGUAAGAAGAUUUUGUGGUUGAUAGAUUUUUAUGUUUCUCCAUGACAGCACCGAACUGCCAUCCAGCAGCCUGUGCGCAUUGCUGACUGCAUGCCGCGGACGAGUGGCGAGUUCUUUUUUUAAAACCAGCACCAAAUAUCUUCGAUGCAGCUUUCGUAAUGAACAAUCCAGGCGUCGUCAGGAAAGACCAGAAGAAGGGUGCUGGCAAGGGCGGAAAGAAGACGACCAAGGGAGCUGGCAAGGGCGGCAAGUCCGCAAUGAAGAAAGGUAUUUUCGCUUGCUGUUCUGGUUUCAUCUUAAUCUACUAACUCGAGACAUUUAGUCAACAACUUGCAGCGCGCUGUGCGACGUCUGCGAUUCGAUUGUAUAGCGAAAAUAAGUACUACACGUUCGCAACUUCUACGGUUAUGUAGCCACUGUACCACGAAUUCAACACGACCUUUUUCAAAACCACCGCUACAGGUAAGGGAAAGGGCAAGAAGGGCAAGGGUAAGGGCAAGAACGGGAAGCCGGCCACCGGCGAGGACUUGGACAAGCAGUUGGCCGAGUACAUGGGCGAAGACGUGCUCAAGGAGCGCAUGGACGAUGAACUCGACAACUACAUGAAGCCCGAGGCGUAAGCGAAGCGGACAUAAUUAACGACGAAGAAGAAAAAACCGAUAACACGACGAAGUACACGAUAAUCUUCGAUAGUGAACUAGUCUUUGAUCAUCGAAUGUAGUCCAGCGUCAACCUUCACCGCACAUGCCCUUGUUCCUUCGUUUUCACCACUUUCUCCUCUUGUACAACACGACGCGACCACUUGCACCAGCACAGACCGCAUGCAGCAGCAAUUUUUUGACAUUUCACCUGUAAGCAACAAACCAGCAGCUUUUAACAGUUUUAUCCAACAGUUUGACUCAACAUCCAACAGCAGUUUUUAAGCGUAAAGAAGUAAUCCAAAAACCAAGAUCGGAGAACGAUUCUACUGCAACGCAAUCACGAGCACUGCUUGUUUUCGAAGAAGGAACCUUCCCUCGUCCCCCUCGAAGUGGAAGGUCGAAGGAUGUUGGACCAGCAGCAACCAGCGAUCUUUGCGAACAAGAACCGCCUUCGACUCACUGUUGUGCUGUCGUUUAGUACAACGAGGAAAGCUGGACAUGCCGUCGUAAAAUGAACCAGAACAUCUUCACUUCUCCAUCCUCUGCCUCCGGAAAAAUUUUCGAACAACAACCUGCGGAGUUGUCCAGAUUGACUUUAAUGCGCCACCGGACAGCACUUCUGUGACCACAUGUGGAUGUGAACAAAGCAGCGCCUGCUCCUCUGUAGUUCUGUGUUGAGUUUUGUACUCAAGAACGAGCUACCACUGCUAGAACGACACAGAGAUUUACCUCUCGGUUGAAGAAGAGGAAGUGAAGAAAGAGCACGGUCGUGUCCUGCAGCUUCGCUUCGCGGGGAUUACCGAAGGCCCGACUUCUUCGCAUUUUCCACAAUGCGAAACCAAAUUUGUACGAGAUCGAGAAUAUAAAACCACCCCCAGAUGAAGAUGAAAGUGAACCCGCGCAGUUCCACUGGCUGCGUGCAGCUUUCUCGUGCACUCCUUUGCGAUGCGGAGCGCAAAUGGGGAAUAAGUGCAAACAGCAGUUUGCUGCACUACUACUAGGUUCUUCUUGUUCGACCUACUGCCACCCCGCAAUUCGUCAGGACGACGCACCUCUCUACUGCGGAAGCAACUUUAUUCUCAUGCAUAGUGGCGCCCAAGGAUCGAUCUGUCGCCGCGCACUGCAAAAGAGGCCUUGAAAGCCGGCGUUCGCGAGUGCGUAGUGGAGGCUGCAGCCGUACGCGGGCUCGCAAGGAUCAUGCGGCGCAGUUGCUACUGGUUUCUCGUCCCUCUCGCGCCGGGUUACGAUUUCUACGUGCUGCCUCGCUGUUAGGUCUCCGCUGUCAUGUGAUGAACAGGCCGACGGAUUCUACACACGCGAUAAGGUGGCUCCAGAAAUGGUAUGGCGCCGGAUUUAUUUCAGGGCGCAGCGCAUAGCGCUGAAAAUAAUUAUUUCCGUACUUAUGUAUAGAAUGAGAAUCGUAGGAAGAAAAAAAAGCAGUUCAACAAAAGGCAAGGCAUAAGCUGAUCGCUACUUUUUCAAAAUCGUUUACCUUCAGAUAGAGAAGUUACUUUAGUUGGCAUGCUUAGAGGGGAGAAAGAGAUAAGAAGUAUCUUCUGAUUUUUAAAAACAGCGUUUCUUCGUUCUUGUGUGUUUCGUGAUGUUAGUAUGACCUCCGGUUAUUUUGUACUUCGAUUUGUUUCAGUUUCAAAUUCAUUCAGACAGUAAUAGCGCAAUCGGUUCUUUUUUCAACAACAUGAGUUUCACUUUGAGCGAGCGUAAUCACAAAGGAGUGUACUACAGUUUUUUUGCGUACUAGAAAGGUCACUGUACGAAGGAUCUAUUAUCAUCCUAGUUUCACCCGGCACGUAUGAGUUCUUAGGCUUUUCGGGCGGCGAAGGAAGUGCGGACGUGUUUCCUGAAUCGGGCAAGAGCAACCUGUCCUUGACGCGUCGAAUUUUUCUCGUCGCAAUGAAGACAAAAGAAGCGGAGCAGCUGCAGAAAAUCAUAUGGAGAUUCAAGAGCGGGUCGUCGGCGAAAGCGGGUGACGCAGACCAGUUUGUUGGGACCGAGUGCGGAUGGAAGAUUUUUGCAGGGGAGCAGCGGCACGCCAAACACGAAAUUCGGAGUAGAACAUUGGACGCGAAGACGAAUCGGAGAAGAAGAAAACUAAUUUUGAUAGGUUGAUGAAAAAGAAAAUGAAACGCGAGUUGUCGAUAAUCAGGAACAAACAAAUUUCGAAUUACGCUUGUCCCUUAUUCUGUUUCGCCACGUACAAGAAAACGUCGCAACAAAAAGUCGAACAUAU